CCCCGGAGCCUCACCUACCCUGCUCUCUGCUUCCCUCUCUCCGUGUCCCUCUCCGUGCUUACAGCUUCCAUGGCCCCCAAAAAGCCAGACCCCAAGAAGGACGACAAGGCAGCCUCCAAGACAGCUCCCGCUCCGGCGCCUGCACCUGCGCCUCGACCUGAGCCCGAGCGCCCCAAGGAACCUGAGUUUGAUGCCUCCAAAAUCAAGAUCGAGUUUACACCGGAGCAGAUUGAAGAGUUCAAGGAAGCCUUCAUGCUGUUUGACCGCACGCCCAAGUGUGAGAUGAAGAUCACGUACGGGCAGUGCGGGGACGUCCUGCGGGCGCUGGGCCAGAACCCUACACAGGCCGAGGUGCUCCGUGUCCUAGGGAGACCAAAGCAGGAAGAGCUCAACACCAAGAUGAUGGACUUCGACACCUUCCUGCCCAUGCUCCAGCACAUCUCCAAGAACAAGGACACGGGCACCUACGAGGACUUUGUGGAGGGGUUGCGGGUCUUCGACAAGGAGGGCAACGGCACGGUCAUGGGCGCCGAGCUUCGCCACGUGCUGGCCACGCUAGGUGAGAGGCUGACAGAAGAUGAGGUGGAGAAACUGAUGGCGGGGCAGGAAGACUCCAAUGGCUGCAUCAACUAUGAAGGUGCGCUAGCUUGGCAGGCUGGGGGCUGGGGUGGGGCACUGGGACCCUGGGCUCCUGCCCAUGGCCACUGGGUGCUCAACCCCUGCCACUCGCUCUGCCCUUCUUUGCAGCUUUUGUGAAGCACAUCAUGGCCAGCUGAACCUCUCGUCCCAGGGAGAGCCCAUGCUGGGGACAGCUCAUCCCCCACUCAUGGUGCUGACGCCAGCCACCUGGAGUUGCGGGGAGGAAGGGAGCGCAUCGAGACUCCUACAGCAGCCCCCUCCACCGGCCCUGCAGACCUCUGGGUGCCUGUCAUCUCCCCCUACAAGCUGUGCAUCUCUGUCCUCACCCUAUGGGCCUCAUGAAUAAAUGGCAUCUUUCCUUCCUUC